AUGAUCGCAGAUAUUAACUUACCAGCGGAUCAGUUACAGGUAUGAACCAUCAUUUGACUCACCUGCUGAUUCCACCGAAAAAAAAUUAUACAAAACGUAACAAUUUCACUAUGUUUAGAUUGCAAUGGGCAUACCGUUGGAUAACAUUAAAGAUGUACGAAAUCUUUAUACCAAGCGAGAUUAUGAAACGACCAGAAUAAAUUUUGACAAGUACGUUUUGGGUUAAUCCGUAUUACAGCAUUAUACUGUAUCAAUUCUUCCUUCCUUUCCUUUCUUCUUUCUUUUGCUUUCCUUUCUUCUGUCCUUUCUUAUUUCCUUUAACUAUCAUGGUAUUUUUGUUCAGGCCCUCCAUUCAACCGAAACCAAAAGGUCAUGUCAUUGCAGCCAGAAUCACAGCUGAAAAUCCUGACGAGGUAAGAAUUUAUAGAUAUAGUAGUUACUGCAAUAUGCAGCUGUCUGAUUAUAAUGUUGCCUAAAAUACAGUAUGAAUGAACUUAAUUUAGUUUAGGUUUCCUCCUGUAGUAACACUGGAUCAAUAAGAGAUGAUCCUUACUGGACAUCUAGAGAGAACAGUUUAGAACUGAUAGAGCUAUCCAGUAUAAAUAGAGUUAGUUUAGUUUAGGUUUCCUCCUGUAGUAACACUGGAUCAAUAAGAGAAGAUUCUUACUGGACCUCUAGAGAGAACAGUUUAAAACUGAUAGAGCUAUCCAGUAUACAUAGAGUUAGUUUAGUUUAGGUUUCCUCCUGUAGUAACACUGGAUCAAUAAGAGAAGAUUCUUACUGGACCUCUAGAGAGAACAGUUUAGAACUGAUAGAGCUAUCCAGUAUACAUGGAGUUAGUUUAGUUUAGGUUUCCUGUUGUAGUAACUGAUAGAGCUAUAAAUAUAACCACAUCUUUCUUUUAUGUAGGGUUUCAAGCCGAGUAGUGGUACCGUACAAGAAUUAAAUUUCCGCAGCAGUUCCUCCGUCUGGGGUUAUUUCAGCGUGGCGCCAGAAGGGGCAUUGCACGAGUAUGCUGACUCCCAGUUUGGACAUUGCUUUGCUUGGGGCGAGGAUAGAGACCGCGCGAGAAGGUAAGGAGACUGGCACGACUUUUACAGCACGUGCCAACGUGUUGUUGGUAGUUUGGAAAAAGCCAAGUGGGACCCCGUAACUGGAAACUAUCUCUGUGGUCCGGCAGUCCCUACCAAUACGCAUUGUAUGUCUUUCGUGUCUUCUUUUCGUAUAAGUACAUGCUUGUUGUUUGUGGCAAAUCAUGUAAAUAAAUAAACGAAGAAAUGUAGAAAUGAAUAGACGAAGAAACGAGAUAACGAAGAAACAAAGAAACGAAGACACGAAGAAACGAAGAAACGAAGAAAUGAAGAAACGAAGAAAUGAAGAAACAAAGACACGAAGAAACGAAGAAAUGAAGAAACGAAGAAAUGAAGAAACAAAGACACGAAGAAACGAACGAAUGAAGAAACGAAGACACGAACGAAUGAAGAGACGAAGAAACGAAGACAUGAAGAAACGAACGAAUGAAGAGACGAAGAAAUGA